GAAAACACACUGAGUUUCCUCCAUACUGCCUGGGCUCUUUUGAGAGCGCUGUGUGGGAGAGACGGAGAGAGAAAGACACGCCGCUAAAUGAGCCGCCGACAUCAAAGCCUCCAGACAAAAGAGGAGCACCGUUACCUGCUCACUCUUCUUGGGGAAAAGAGACCGAGAACAGAGAUGGAGAGAGAGGAGGGAGAUAGAUAGAAUAAAAGAUAGAGAGAGAGCGAGAGGGGAGGGAGUGCGAGGAGGGACAAGCGAAUCCAAACAGCAAGCAAGAGUGAAGGGCAAAGAGAGAGAGAGAGAGAGAGAGGGAGGGAGGGAGAGUGCGCGAGAGGCAAGAGGAAUUGUGCACGAGACAGGGACAGGCACAAAUAGCACAAACACACACUUAUGCACAUGCAAACAGAGGGAAAGGAAGGACUGGAGGAUCUGAAAGGCUGAAACCCAUUCUGUAUGCAAGCAUCCCUGGAGCUGUGGCUCUCUGGAAUCAGUGAGAAGAAGAGGGUGCAUGCGCGUGCGUGCGUGUGUGUGUGUGUGAGGGAGAGAGAGAGAACGUGUGUGUUUCUGGGGUGGUGUGUGUGAGAGAGAGUGUGUGUGAGCUGGAGCUGAUGAGAGAGACAGAGGGCUUCAGCUGCUGUUGCAGUUGCUGAGGGCUCUGUGUGCAGAGGAUGAUCGGCCAGCGCGGGCUCUGUCGCUCUUGUUGCCGGGAUCGUUGCCGUGGUGCGCCAUUACUGUUGCCGUUGCCGUUGCCGUUGCCGUCGUCACCGACGCCCCCAGCCACUGCGCUCACACACACCACUUCCAGUCAGGAGGAGAUAUGAGCUCCAAGCACUCCUCUGACUGGAUUCCCUACAGUACCCUAGAUGAUGAGAGCAGUAACCUCCGGCAGCAGAAGCUGGACAGACAGCGUGCUCUGCUGGAGCAGAAGCAGAAAAAGAAGCGUCAGGAACCUCUGAUGGUUCAGUCGAACGUGGAUGGGAGGUCACGUGCUCGCAGGACCAAGCAGUCUGAGGAGCAGGCACCACUGGUGGAGUCCUACCUCAGCAGCAACAGCAGCACCAUUUACCAUGUGCAAGAGGCCGAGCAGGAGGAGGCAAAGGCGCUCGCCGAGCCGCCGCGCUCCGCUAAAAAAGCCAAGGCCAGCGGCUCCACCCCGCAGACAGGCAGCGGCAAGAAGGAGAAAAAGGGAAAGCACAAAGGCAUCGAUGGUCCGGCUGCCUUCCAGGACGAGUCGCAGGACCUGGGCAGCCAGAUCCAGAUCCUGACGGUGGGGCACCUGUCUUCAGACGAGGCUGAGAGUGACAGCGUGAGCAGCACGCAGGCCUAUGGCAAGCAGGACCUGCGGGUCACAAUGCUGAAGAAAGGGAUUUCGAGCAGCAUGAACUUUGACGAAGAGGAGGACGACGACGAUGAAGUCAGCUCGAGUUCCUCGCAGCUCAACAGCAACACGAGGCCAGGCUCGGCCACCAGCAAAAAGUCCAGUAAGGAGGCUGCCUCAGCGUCCACCCCACUCGUCAAUGAACCCGCCAUCGACGUGGACGACCUGGAGGAGUUCACCCUGAGGCCGGCCCCCCAGGGCAUCACGGUCAAGUGCAGGAUCACCCGCGACAAGAAGGGCAUGGACAGGGGCAUGUACCCCACCUACUACCUCCACUUGGAACGGGAAGAUGGCAAGAAGGUCUUCCUGUUGGCUGGACGGAAGAGAAAGAAGAGCAAAACAUCUAAUUACCUCAUUUCCAUUGAUCCGACGGAUCUGUCUCGAGGGGGAGAAAGCUUCAUUGGGAAACUGAGGUCAAACCUCAUGGGUACCAAGUUUACAGUGUACGACGGUGGUAUGAAUCCUGGGAAGACCACCUCCAGCUUAGAGGCCAGCAACCUGCGGCAGGAGCUGGCCGCCAUCUGCUACGAAACCAACGUUUUAGGGUUCAAAGGCCCUCGUAAAAUGAGUGUCAUUAUUCCUGGAAUGAACAUGGACCAUGAGAGAGUAUCUAUCAGACCACGUAACGACCAUGAAACCCUGCUGGCGCGAUGGCAGAAUAAGAGCACAGAGAGUGUGAUUGAGCUGCACAACAAGACCCCGGUGUGGAACGACGACACCCAGUCCUACGUCCUCAACUUCCAUGGCAGGGUGACGCAGGCUUCCGUCAAAAACUUUCAGAUCAUACAUGACAAUGACCCGGACUACAUUGUGAUGCAGUUUGGCCGCGUGGCCGAGGACAUAUUCACUAUGGACUAUAACUACCCCAUGUGUGCCCUUCAGGCCUUUGCCAUUGCACUCUCGAGCUUUGACAGUAAGCUGGCCUGUGAGUAGCAUCCUCCCACCCCACCCACCACCAGAGGUAGAACCAGGGGUGUUCCACUGGUUCCCUCUGCCUGCCACCAAGGGCGAUGGGGCACUCGAAAUGUCCCCCAUGUCUCCCUGCUUUGGAGGGCAUGGAGAAUUCUUGACAAGCGAGAUACACUGUGUACGAAUGAUUCUGUGUGCAUGCGUGUACGUCGGUUUGUGUUUGUGUGUGUGUGUGUGUGUGUGUGUGUGUGUGUGUGUGUGUGUGUGUGGUUCUUCUGACCCUCCUGGCCUCAUUGCCUCAGAUCAGGACAUUUCAGCAGGAAUAAGCACAAAGACCACACCACGAGACACCCAACAAACACACUACAGUUUCAAGAGACCACCACAAUGAGGACAAAAAGAACUGUGAUGAUCUUAAAGGAGUUGUGUUAUCAGCUAUUAAUGUUAUUCACUCGCCACUUUUGUUCUUUUUUCUUUAAACCGAAAGCAUUGCGAUCACUGACACCCGUGCUGACAAACUUGUCUUAACCCUCUGAUAUUAACCAGCUAUGUGAGGAUUUUUGUUUAUCUCACACCAUACUGUACAAAUAUUUGACAUAGACUCACAUGUGUAACUAACCACUCGCACAAUGUAACUUACACUGCAGACCUGUGUGUCUUAUUAAGCACCAUUUUGACCCAUUCCGACAAAUCUUGUCUUUUAAAGUUUUCAGCUCUUUGAUGGAAUCUCCUUUUCAGGGCCACUCUACAUCACGUGCAAAGUCGGUAAAAUACAGCCUAAUGUUUUAUAUGACGUGUCACUGUUGGCAUCUCCUGCAGCUACCCUUUAUACUACCCUUUUUAAUAGCUGACACCUGAUGUAUCAUAUUUGAUAAUGGAUUUCUUGACUUAGUUUAAUAACACUCAUGUAAUAUUUUAAAAGCUGCCAAAUCACCCACUGAAGGCAGUAAAAAACAGUUCCAAUGGCUUUUUUUCAGUUGCACGUGGCAUGUAAAUGUGAGCAUUCUAUCUAUUUACCUAUAUAUUUAUGCAGUGCAACAUAGUUUACCGUAGUAUAAUUUAUCAAUCACCUGAAGAUCAUUGCCACACGCAAAUAUCAGUACUAUGAAUAGAUUGCAGUUAAACAUUAAACUGACCGGAAUGCCUGAUCUAGGCCCCUCUUUAAGGUUUCAAGACAGAGAUUGACUAUAUGGAUCAAAUAUGUAUUACAGUACAGUGCACUGGUCUUGCAUCUGGAUCCUAGAAACCCUUUUUGGAGUAGGAGAAUGUAUUGGAUGGAGGACUUCAUUCAGAGUUAACAGUGUAUGUUACAUAGCUGUAAAUAUUGUGCCUUCAGAAAAUGGAAUCUAAAAGGUUAUGCUUUAAUUCACUAAAAUGUUUCUAUUUCUGUCUCCUGAAGGAGGCUUUAAGAGGCUCCUCUCUGAGCCACGUCUGACUGUCAUCACUGGAUUGAGCGUGUCUUUCUGUACUCUACAUUUCCAGAGUCCCUGGGCUAUUUUCAGAGGGUGACAUGAUUGUGAGGCCAUUCUUACAGUGCCCCACUUUCAUAUAGCAUACUCUUCCUCAUUUACUAAGCAGUUCACUUGCUAUGCUCUCACUCCACGUCUGGGUGGUCCUGUAACUAUGUAAACUGCUUGGAACACAAAAUUCUAUAUGGUGAUAUGAUAUCAGUGUUUUUCUACAAAGACAGAAUAGUUUGGUUUUCAAAAAGUCUAAGUCUCCUAUAUUAGACUCAUAAUGGUCAUUCGAAUAAAGCUAUCUGUCCAUGCACACUUCUGCAGAUUGAGAAAGGGAAUCCUAAAAACAUACGUGCAUAUUUCUACACUCUAACAUGGCAGUUAUUCAGUACUGUGCUGUAGGCAGCUUUGGCAGUCUUACCCUGAUAUGGUAAUUUGAUAUAACAGAGCUAAUACUCAAUUUUCUCUGCAAUGGUACUUCUAUUAAAAACACUAUUUAAACCACAUUCUCAAAAGACAGAGUAGAAAAAGGCUGACAUGCAUCUAUAGUUUGAAAUGAAUUGUUGUGCUAUAACAGGUUCAGGUUCUCUUUGUCUAGGUUAUUUUAUGUGAUACUACAGUAAAUGGUGGCAUUUGGGUACCAAUGUUGGUGAGAAGGCAGCACUGCUGUGAGUGGAGAAAUCAACUGAAGCAUCAGAGACUCAGUACCCAGAUAUGUUUCUCCUCACAUCACAUACUAUUCUUAGGGGCGACCCAUACAUGAACUCUCAAGCUCGGAAGUGGUGACAGUUAUUUUGUAAUUCAUUUUCUAGUGAUGUUUUGCAAAAAAAGAAGAAGAAGAAAAUGCUGGCAAACAGCAAUUUAGUAUACCCAUCCCUGUAAAUUUUACAGAAAAUAUAAAGUCUGAUUGGUAUUCUUCCAGUGCGCAAUUUUUUUCUGUGCUUAAACUGAGUUCCAAAAUAACUUCAGUGCUUCUGUUGACUACGUUGUUCAAGAACAAACAGUGCUUUCAUAUUCUGUGUUUCAGUGCUGGUAUGCCAUUGUGCAAAAUGUAAAAUGUGUACAUUGUUCAAUAUACAGUGUUUGUAUAAUUAUGAAAAUAAAGUAUAAGUGCAAUGA